AUGUCUCAGCUUGUUCCCACUGAUGAAUAUGCUCCCUUCUUUGCGCCCUUCUUCGGGUUUGCAGGGUGUGCUUUCGCCAUGACUUUGUCGUGCUUGGGAGCAGCGAUAGGGACAGCCAAGUCAGGAAUUGGUAUUGCCGGUAUUGGUACUUUCAAGCCCGAGUUGAUCAUGAAGUCUUUGAUUCCAGUGGUAAUGAGUGGUAUUUUGGCCGUUUAUGGACUGGUGGUGGCCGUUUUGAUCGCCGGAGGUUUGUCUCCAUCUGAGGACUACACGCUUUUCAACGGUUUCAUGCACAUGAGCUGCGGUUUGUGCGUUGGUUUUGCGUGUUUGAGCAGUGGCUAUGCCAUUGGAAUCGUGGGUGAUAUCGGUGUCCGCAAGUACAUGCACCAGCCAAGGCUUUUUGUGGGCAUCGUGCUCGUUUUGAUUUUCGCCGAAGUGCUCGGUCUGUACGGCAUGAUUAUUGCACUUAUUCUCAACACGAGAAGCUCGGGUUAA